GUUCUCACAAUCGCAUCAUGACACCCCCACCCACCAAGGAGCAGCUCGCCCAGCUCGACGCCGAGGACCCGCUCAAGUGGACUCGCGACGAGUUUGAGAUUCCCGACGCGAGGGCGAGCGGAGCGAAAGUUGACGGCAAGGCGAUCUACUUCUGCGGCAACUCGCUGGGCCUGCUGAGCAAGAAGGCAAGGCAGCACGUCCUCGAGGAGCUGGAUACGUGGUCGACGAGCGCCGUCUUUGGCCACUUCAACCACAAGUACGACCGCCCCUGGAAGUAUGUCGACCGCCCACUCACGCCCCACCUCGCGCGCCUCGUCGGCGCCAAGGAGAGCGAGGUGGCCCACACCGCCACGCUCACGGGCAACAUUCACAACCUCUUCACGACGUUCUACAAGCCCACGCCCAAGCGCUGGAAGAUUGUGAUUGAGAAGGGCGCGUUCCCGAGCGACUGGUACGCCAUCUACUCCCACCCCAACCUCCACAGCGAUGUCCUUUCGCCCGAGCAGGUCAAGGACUCGGUCAUUGCCCUCGCACCACGCGAAGGCGAGGAGACGCUCCGCACCGAGGACAUUCUCGAGGUGCUCGAGAAGAACAAGGACGAGAUCGCCAUCGUCUGGCUCCCCCUGGUGCAGUACUACACCGGCCAGGUGUUCGACGCCCCCACCCUGUCCAAGAAGACGCACGACAUUGGCGCGCUCUUCGGCCUCGACAUGGCCCACGGAGUCGGCAACGUCAAGAUUGAGCUCAACAAGUGGGAAGUCGACUUUGCCGUCUGGUGCACGUACAAGUACCUCAACUCUGGCCCCGGCGCCGUCGGCGGCUACUUUAUCCGCGACGGCCUGGAUGACAACAACCGCCGCCUCGCCGGCUGGUGGGGCAACGACGAGAAGACGCGUUUCCAGAUGAAGCCCCAGUUUGAGCCCACACCAGGCGCCAAGGGCUACCAGCACUCCAACACCAACGUCCUCGGCUCGAUCCCCCUCCUCGCCACGCUCGAGAUUAUCGACAAGGCCGGGUUCGACAACCUCCGCGCCAAGGCCAUCCGCCUCACUGGCGCACUCGACUCGCUCCUCCGCGCAUCCAAGUACUACACUGACAAGGCGCCCGGACCCAACGACACCAAAGCCGGCUUCAGGAUCCUCACCCCCGAGAACCCGUGGCGCGGCACCCAGCUGUCGCUCGAGAUCCACCCCGCCCGCCCAGGCGUCAUGCCUCGCGUGUUUGACCGCAUGCUCGAGGCCGGUCUCGUUGGUGACGAGCGCCAGCCUCACGUCAUUCGCCUCUCGCCUGUGGUGCUUUACAACACAUUUACCGAGGUCGGCAAGGCGGUGGACAUUCUCAACGCGGCGCUGGCGGCCGAGGACGAGGAGCUGGCCAAGGGAAAUUGAACAGGAUCAUUGGGUAUUUGAGCGCACCGGCACGGUGUACGCAUGUAGUGCUGAGAAUAGUCAGGGUGUGCACAGUGGAGAUAACACGGGAAGGCAUAAGUGCGCAUUCUUGACUCCUACUUGCGGCGGGCGCUCGGCUCAGCUGCAAGGACGCCAGGGGCCCCAAAUUCCGACUUUCCUCGUGCCAUGUCUUCCUCCAGUCCAGUCACCCGUCUUCCUCGUCUUCCUCCUCUCCCCCUUUUCCCCUGUCUUGCCCGGCCAUUCCCCCACUGCCACGAC